CAAGUGUUAACUGAUUUCUGGCUUUGUGUUAUCCACACAGUGCAUUUCUUGAACAGAUCCUGCACUUUCACAAAUUGUUAAGACACUUGAGUAAUUCACCUUUUUUACAUUGCUGUUAACUUUUUGUAAACUGACAAUGAUAUUUCUCUCUGAGAAUUUUCUUAGAAUUUUCAGCAUCCAAAAUUUUAUGAGUACUUUUUUGUUGACUUUGUAGUAUACAUCAAAUACACAAUUUCCAUGGUUUCUCCUUCUCUCUCUUCUUCCACUCAUUUACCUCACUCAUCACCACUUUCAUGUCCUCUAUAUAUCCACAUUCAGAACCCCAUUCUCAUUCCUUGCUCUUUGACACCUUUUGCUCUCAUUUCCCAAAGCCAUGAACAAGUUCAAGAAAUCUCAAGUUCUAGUGCUCUGUCUUCUACUUGUUCUUCUUGUCAUCACACCCUAUUUACCUUCCUCACUCAGACCAACCUACCUGUAUUUCAUCAUAAACUUUCUCAUCAUGGCACUUUGUGCAGAAGCUGGACUCCUUUCAGUUUUUCCUAGCCCUAUGGAAGAUAAAAAGCCAUCAGAAGCAAGUUCUGAGAAAAGAGAAGGCUCCAAUUCCACCCCUAUAGUUUCUGAUGCUGUCUCAGAACAAGCUGAAAAGUGUGCAUCUGAAAGGGUUGUUUCUGUGACCAACAUGAUGCAAAACUCUCCUCCAAUGCCUACUAGCCUUUUCUUCAUAGAAGCUGAUGCAGAAGGCAUGGAUGAAGAAGAUGAAGCAGAAGAGGAGAUUGGAGGAGUUAAUGGGCAAGAGCUGUUUGCAAAAGCUGAGGCCUUCAUUGGGAACUUCUACAAGCAACUGAGGAUGCAGAGUGAGGAAUCUUGGAUUUAUCAGAAAGGCUUUUAGGUUGAGUGCUUUAGCUUUUACAGUAGAAUAAUGUGAAUUCUGUAAUGUGCUACUAGAUUAGAAACAAUGGUCCUUAUCAGAUACCAUAUGGUUGUUUUUUUCCCCUUCCAUUGGGUUUGUACAUGUACAAGAACAGUACAUAGUUUAACUUCUGAAUCCAAGAUCAUGUAUGUUUCCUGAUUAGUAUGAUCUCCGAAGUGGACUUUAAACCUAACUUAAUUCCAUAAAAUCGACUUGUAAGGAUUGUACCCAUUUAUAUAUUGUG